ACAAGUGCAUUCUGGGAUUAUGUAUGGUGGUCAUUUUUGUCAUUGUAUAAAAGUAUUUUCGAGUUCACGUAAAUUGCGUUUUACCUGCAACUUCCUCUACUUAAAUACUAUGAAAUUUGUGAUAUGCUGUUUAUUAUCAAAACCCGUGUCUGUGUAAAUUGUGCAUUUAUAAAAGAAUUUGAUAACAAAGGUCAUUUCAGAUGAACCUAACCCAACGUCUUCUCUAAAAGUUUUGAAAAAGAAUUUACCAUGUUUUGGUUAUAUAACAAAAACGCGUCGUACCUUGAUGCCCUGCUUUGCAAAGAGGACGUUACCCUUUGUGAAAUUAUGGACACUGAGGACAUCAUCAACCAGUGUAAAGUGCAAAGCAGGGCCUUAAUAGACUUCUUAGUGAAACCAGAAAUGAUGGAAGAACUUGUAAGUCUCGUAACGAGGGAGCCCUCGAUUGAACUAGAGGAAAGAAUCAGGUUUAAAUACCCAAACAUAGCGUGCGAAUUGCUUACUUGCGAUGUUCCUGCUAUUAAUGAGAGGUUGGCUAGUGAUGAAGUACUUCUCGAUAAGUUGUAUAGUUUUUUGGAAUGUGAACCUCCAUUAAAUCCACUGUUGGCUUCCUACUUUAGUAGAAUUAUGGGUGCACUUAUUGCAAAAAAGACUGAGCAGAACUGGUUGUCCUAUCAGUUCACUUGCUUACAGGUUCUAGAUUUUUUAAAAGCUAAGGACACCUUUAUAUCAUUACUGCUCAAACAUUUAGGCACUUCCGCUAUCAUGGAUCUCAUGCUCAAACUCAUGACACAGGUUGAAAGCCUCGAAAUGAGACAAAACAUUCUCAACUGGCUCGACAGUCAAAGAAUCAUGCAAUCGUUGGUCGGUUUGUUGAAUCCGAAAGUUGACAAGGAAAGGCACUAUAACGUUGCUCAAUUGUUGUGUGAUUUUAUUAGGGUAGCUCGAGACACUCAAAAGAAUUCGACGGAACGAGUUGAUCCAGAUCCGCUACUUAAUACUUUAGAAUCGUCUGAAACAGUAUCGUUAUUGUUAGAUAAUAUAUUUGAAGGUGAGAAGACAGAAAGUGCUAUCGUUGGCGGCAUUCAAGUACUUUUAGCGCUUUUAGAUAUUAAUCAAUUGAGCCAAACCACUGAUAAGAUUUUCAGCAUUCCCAAACUAAAUAACUCCCAAACUACCUACAAUUCCGACAUAGGCGAAGAAACUAUUAUUAAUGUUGAACAGAGGGAACGUGUGAUACAGUCAACAACGGAGACGAUCUUAGGACAUUUAAAAGACUUUCACGACCUAUUACUUAACCCGCCCAAGAAAACACCGAUUAGCACAACGGUCGGAACUCUGCAAACACCUGUAGGCAAUACGCGUCUCCAAGUGACGAAAUUAUUCGCCGCAGCAGUAGCGUCCAACAAUGGAAGAUUGCUGCAGGAAGUCGUCUCUUUGGGGACUUGCACCGUUCUCUUAGAUUUAUUUUUCAAAUAUCCGUGGAACAAUUUCCUGCACACUCAAGUGGAAAAUUGCCUUAUUUCCGCUUUGAAAACACACACAUCCGACGAAUCUGAUGAAAAUUCGAAUGCCUUAAGUAGACACUUAUUAGUAAAUUGUAACGUAAUUGAACGAAUUUUGAAGGCUUGGAAGGACAACGACGAACAACAGAAAGAGUCUAAUGGGGUGCGACAGGGUUACAUGGGCCACUUAAUAAGCAUAAUUAAUAAAAUAGUUGAAUUGUGUUCAGAUACUUCUCUAGGGAAAUACCUUCUUGAUAAUCUACCUGAAGUUGCUAAAUCUUUAGACGAAUUUAAGGAGAGCACUCUGAAAGAAACCAACGCUAUUCAAGACACACUAUUGGGUGGUGCAUAUCCUAAUUCUUCCAAUGAAGAAAACGACGACUACAGUGAUAUAACGUUCCCUCAAGAUCAGAUGUAUUCCAGUUAUCAAGUACAACAUCUAACCUCCCACUGCAUCGAUGGCUAUAGCGGUUUCAACGACGACGCCUUCAAUGACGGAGACGACACUUUACAGACGAUCGACCAUCGGACUGAUAUGAUUUUCAGCCUCACCGACGGUGACGUGGCGCAACAGCGCGAACUAUUCAAGCAAGUUUGCGCCCAAAACAUAAACACUUUGGACGACGCCGACGAUCAAAUCUUCGAAGACCGAGACCACACUUUUCAGACUGUUAUAGAGAAAGAAGAUCAAAAUGAGACGGUCUACAGCAGCGACAGCGACGACGACUCGCCGUCGGGGGUCCCCAUGGAAGUAGACCCGUGGAUGUCCCCAAAGGCGCCAGAACGGGGCGUUCCGCCAAUAGGAACCGUCGAUCCGUGGGGUCCCGCGAGCAACAGCCAAUCAAACCCGAACUCGAACGUGGGCGACUGGGCGGACUUUGCCGAUUUCACUUCGGUGAAGUUCGACGCGAAUUUCGACUCCGCGUUCGACAAGACUCCCGCCAAACCUGAUAUUUCUUGCACGGUAGAGAACGAUUUGAAAGUUGAAAGUAUUGAGAAUGACCCGAAGGAGGAAGCGAAAGCGAGUUCCAAAGAUAGUAAAGUCAGUAUUGAAAAAGUUGCUCAAGUGCCGAAUAAAGAUGCCGAGAAGGAUGCUGGAGAUUUGUGCGAGAGUAAAGACAACAGCCAAAACGUCACACAGCCUGUUACUGAACCGUCCAUCACACCGAGUUUAGUUGAAGGAGACAGCUGUUCGUUGAAAUCGCCGGAGACAUCACAGGAGAAGAAAGACGUGUGAACAAUCCCCUCCCCUACAUAUCAAACGGGAACUUAAAAUGUUAGAAUGAAUGCCAUACAAAAUGAUUAUAGUGUUUUGUAAUCAAUACAUUUUAAUCAUUACAGUAAAAAAACUAUAUUUCAUAAUUUUUUAACAUGUUUAUUCAUCUAGCAAUAUACUGAACGAAAUAGAAUUUGUUGUAAAAUAUGGUUAAUUUAUUGCUAUGAUUUUUAUCUUUUGUUUUGUAGAAUGUUAACCUUUGUAAAGAGAUGCGUUAAAAAUCUUGUUUGCGAACGGACUUGAUUCAGGGUUUUAUAGUAUUAAAAUUGUGUGUUUUAUAUUUUAAAUUGCUUAUCGCUUAGUAUUAAUGUGAGUCGUCGAUCUCUUUGCAAAGUGUGCAAUAUCGAAAAAAGUUGAAAUAGAUUUUGUGCAUUUUUACACUAACCUCAUUUUAGCAGCAAUUUUAUUUUGCACAAAGUCUGUUCAGUAUUGUGAUAUAAACAAAUCCGAUGCAACUUAGAAUAUUAGUUACUUUAUUGUGCCUGUUAAUGCAAUCAGAACUUAAACCAAAUGUAAAAGUGUAUUCAUCGAAACAUGCAUAUAUGUAAAUAUAUAUCGUCCCUUCUAAGAUGAACUCGUCGUGAUAUUUGGCUUUGAAGGGACUCUACUUGAAUUUUAGUUUGGACAGUUUAUAAAUGUACAGUUCAAAGUACAAAUAGUUUUCAUAUGUGACCAAUAUUUUAGGUUUUAAACUCGAUUUCGUUUCCACUUUGUUUUGCAACUAAAACUUCUGUGAUUAUAGAUCGUGGCUAAGUUAUUACAUAGCACACUUCUUCUAUUUUUUAUUUAGCGAUUUUACCCUCAUGAACAGUGCCUAGGCAUAAUGUAUAUUUUUUAACAUCCUUGUACUGUUAUUUAAAUUUUGUUUCCAUUGUCUUGGUUCUAAUAAAAUUUAUUGAUCUUC